AUGAGUUUGAAUAAUAAUAAUAAUAAUAUAAUAGAUUUAAUAAAAAAAAAAAAGGAAAUAAUAAAAGAGAAAAGAAAACAAAAUAAGUCUCAUAAUUCUAUAUCAACAAAUUUAAAUAAUAAUGAAAACACCAAUGAACUGAGUAAAAAUACUUUAAUUAAUAACUUUGUAACAUCUCAGAAAUUAAUAAAAGAUUUACAAAAAAGAAAUAACAUAUCUUUAGAUACAUCUUUGUAUUUAUUUAAUGUUGAAGUUGAAAAAAUUCAGAAAAUUACAAAGUGUGCUAAAUGGAAAAAUGCCCCAUAUAUUUAUCAAAAAUCAGCUACUGAAAUAUUAUUGCGAAAAAAUGAAUAUAUAAAUGAAUUUAAUAAAAAACAUAAAAAAAAUAUGGAUAGAAAAAUUAGUCAAAAUAAUAUAGUUACAAAAAGAUAUAGUAGUAAUCUAAGUACCCACAGAAAUAAUAAUAAACAAACUUCAAUUCGAUCUCAAACGUUAACUCAACCCAUUCAUAAAAAUUUAGAAAAUGCUAAUAAACAAACGAGUAUAGGCAAUAUAAAAGAAAAAUCUUAUUCAAAAAAAAAGAAUAAUUAUAAUAAUGAAAACAAUUUAAAAAAUAGUAGUAAUAUUGAGAAUGUAACUCAAGCUUAUCAUCCAAAUAGUUAUGAAAAUGUGAAUAAAUGUAGUAAUUGUUUUUUUCGGUGUAAUGGAAUAUAUUCUACAUCUACAAAUUUGAUAAACAAAGAAAAAGACGAAAACUCAAAUUUUGUAAAAGAAAAUAAAUUAAAAAAUAUAAAGAAUUAUAAUGGAAUGUUUUAUGAAAAUACAAAUUCAAAUGGUUUAAAAAAAAACGAUUAUUAUUAUUAUGAUAACAAUAAUAAUAAUUAUUAUAAUUCUAAUUCACGUCCUAGAAAUAUUUCAUCUUUUAGUAUUGAUUCUGAAAAAGAAAAACAUGAUAAUGACAUUAAAUCGAAUCAAGAUAUAAAUAAACGAAACUCUAUUUGGUGUUUAUAUGGGUCUAAUGAUUUAAAAAAAAACGAACAUGCUAGCAUAUCUAAUGAUGAAAAUAAUAUAAAUAAAAAAUAUUUAGGAAAAUAUUUUUGUUAUAAUAAUGAAAACCAAGAUAGUGAUAUUCCCAAACCAUUCAAUCAAGAACAUGAUGUUGUAAAAACAAAAUGUCCAGAAAUGAAAUGUUCAUAUUUUAACAUAAAUAAUUCAAAUUCAAAGGAAUAUGAAAGUGAAUUUAACGAAACCAAAUCAAAUAAAAAAAUUAAAAAAACAAUUCCCAAUUUUGAGCGACAUACCGUUUCAUCUUUUAUAAAAAAUUUAAGUGUACAAAAAGAAAUUUUAGAAAAAAAACAGAAAAAACAAGUUAGAGAAAAUUUGAAAAGAAUGCCUACUAAACAAAUCGUAGAAAACUCCAAAAAAACGUAUUCUUUAUACGAUAAGGCAACUCAAGAUAAUUUAAAAAUCCUUGUAAAAUCUCAAAAAAAAAAUGAUAAAAUCAAAAUAAAUGAUGAAAACAAAAAAAAUGAUAAAACCAAAACAAAUGAUAGUAGUUUCGAAAAAAUAUGGAAUACUGUUUUAAAAAAACAGGAUACAUUAUAUAGUGUUAAAAACACAUCUCCUAAUAAUAAAUACGAUUUAUAUCAUAUAGUUCCAUUCAAUGAUAACUAUUCUUGGGUAAGAAAUUUAAGAAAUUAUAGCUCGCCGGCUAAGUUGAAUAGUUCUGAUAAUUCGCAUUUGAAAGGAAAUUCUAAAAAAGUUUCUGAAAAGAAAAAAGAAGAAAACAAAACUAGCUCCAAUCUGAAUAUCAAGAACAUUAAGAAUCGCCAAGUUUAUGAAAAAGCUACAAUUAACAGGAAAGGAGAAAAGAAAGAUGAACAAAAUAAAUCGGAAGUAAAUAUAUACCUACCAAAAUAUUCGCCAAAUUGUAAAGACAAUAUUGUAGAGGAAAAUAAUAAUCUUGAAAUUAAAGAGAGUAAUUGUUUUUAUAACAAUUAUGUUUUUUGUGGUAAUGAUGAACAAAAUGAAAAUAGUGACAUAGGAAAAGAAGAUGAUAAUGAAGAAAAUAAAAACAAUAUGAAAGAAUAUAUAAGUAUACUUGAAAAUGUUAAACAAAAUUUAAAAGAAGAAGAUAAAAACCCGCUAGAAAAAUUUAAUGAAAAAAAAAGUAAUAAUAAUUUUGAAACAUAUGAAUAUGUGAAAAAUAAUGAGAAUUCCCAAAAAAAUAAUAAAAUUUUUGAAAUUUUAAUAAACCCUCAAAACAAUAUAAAUAAUCAAAAUAAAACAUUUGCAUCUAAAUAUUCUCUUAAACAUAAUUUGAUAGAAAAUAAUAAUAAUAAGAAUCUAAUCUCAAAUUCCAAAAAAUCCAUGAGUAAUGUGUCUAACAAUUUAUUUGGUUAUAAAAAAUAUUUUCAACAUAAUUCAAAUACAAAUAAUUUAAUUGAAAAAAAAGAAAAUAAUAAAUAUUUUACACCAGUUUUUCAAAUUCCAUCUCCUUUUAAUGAUUAUAAAUCCAUGAGUUUUCAAAAAAAUAAUGUUAAUGUAAAUAUUCAAAAUAAUAUCGAAACAAAUACACCAAUUCAAAGUAGACUUAUGUGUAACUCUUGUCAUACAAAUUCCAAUAUCAAAAAUGUUGAAUUUUUAAAUAACUAUGAAAAAAAUAAAGAUAAAAUUAUAUAUAAUCAGAGUUUGAUCAAUUCAAAAGAAUUAAACACAAAAAACAGUAAUAUAUCUAAUUCUUCAAGAAAUUCUAAAAAAUGUAACGAGGAAAAUAUAAAUAAACCCAAUGAUAUAUUUAUGUUUUUUUCCAAAAAUAUAAAUGUAUCAGAAAAAGAGACCAAUAUUAAUAAUAAAAUAGAUAAUGCUGAUUCUACUAAUAAUAUAGAUGCAGAAUCGGAUCAAAAUUAUUCAUGCUACAAAACCUUAUGUGUAUAUAAUAAAUUUCUGAACAAAAAUAAUGAAUAUGAUUCCGUCAAUACAUUAGAAGAAGCCCAAAAAAUAGAAAAAGAUAUUUUAGAAAAACAAAAAUCAAACCAUUUUUGUCUUAACCAUGGAAUGAAAAUAGUAACAAAGAAUCCAGAAAAAAAUAUUUUGAAUAAUAAAACAGAUGAAAAUGUUGGUCAAUCUAUAAUAGAUGUUAAUAUAAACGUUCAUCCCUUUUCAAUAGAUAAAAAACCAGAAAACGAGCAAAUAAUUGAAAAGAAUAAUUCGAUAAAGGCAAUAAAUUCGGUGAAUAGCAUUAGUAUGACAGAUGUACAAACUGGUGUAAGUUGUUUUAACAUUGGAUGUUCAUAUAAUUCAGUUGAUAAAUCAAAUAAUGAGCUUAAAAUUAAAAAAGAAAUAGCUGAACCCAUGGAAAAUUAUAGAAUCAAUGGUACGAAUGUCGAUGCAAAAAUUGAAUCUGAUAAUGCUGGAUGCUAUUUUAAUUUGUGUAAAAACAAAGGAGUAAAUUCUCAAGAAUAUUUUACAGGAUCUAUUGAUUCAAAAAAUUUGUCUUUUGAAAAUAUAAAAAAUUUAAAUACUGGAAAUGAUGAAAAAAGAAAAACUAUUUCUAUAUUUGAUAAUAAAAAUAUUUCAAAUAAUAGGAAGCAAACAUAUUUCCAAGAUUCAAAUGAUGAGGAUAUGAAUUUAUUAAAAAGAAAAGAAACAUAUAACAAUGUAGAGACAUUAAUAGAUCGAAAGCAAACAUACAAUUUAAACUUUAUGGAUAACAAAAAUAAAAAUAAUUUAAAAGAAAAAAUUAAUCAAGAAUAUGUAUAUGUAGAUAAAUAUUCUUAUUCUAAUAAUUAUGAAGUUAUAGAAAUGAAAGAAAGUAUCAUGAAUAAUAAACGAGCAACUACAUAUAGUUAUCCUAAUUUAAAAGGAAAUUCAAUAGAUGACAAAAUAGAUGUAAAUAAAAUAAAUAAUAAAUUAAAAAAUGAAGGAAUUAAUAGUAAUUUAUUUGAUAAUUAUGUUUUUAUAAAAAAUAAAAUUGCUAUACCCAAAUUAAGAUUAGAUCAAUUGAAACACAAAAAUAGUCAUCAUUUUGAUAUUUCAAGUUCUGAAAUUAAAAAUCCUGAAUCUUUUUCAAUAGUACAAUGUAAUAAGGUACAUUUAUUUCCUUUUAUACCUUUAAAUGAUAAGAAUGUUAAUUUUUCUAAAAAUAAACAACCAGAUUUAUUGAAAAUAGAAAGCAAUUAUUUAUCUACUUUAAACCUUCAUAAAACCAAUCGUAAUCAUACAUUUAAUAAUAAUGAAAUUGGUGAAAAAAUUGUCAAAAAUAAUAAUAUUUUAUCUUUUAAUCCUAAAAAAACAAGCACAACAUCAGCAUGUUCAAGAUCUCAUACAUUUAAUUUAAAUCAAAAAAAAAGUAAUAUAAAUAAUACAAGACUAUCAAAUAAUAAUAUAAUUACAAAUUUAAAUAACGAAAAAUAUGAUAAUACUUCUAAUCCUUUUUGUUUAGAAUCAUUUGUAACCAAUGCCUUUCCUAUUUUCAGAAAAAAUGUAAAUAGAUCUAAUUCAAAAAACUAUAAUAAAUCAAAAUUACAUGAAUAUCAAUCUAAAACCAUAUUUCAAGAUUUAAAAAAUAAUAAAAAUGUAUUUCCUAAUUGUUCUGAUGAAAAUGCCAAUUCAGAAUCGGUUGAUUUGAAACUCAAUGAUUCUGUUAAUUGCUUGAACCCAUGCAUCUGCCAAAAUGUACCCAAAACCGAAUUGACAAAUGAUAAUCAUUUAGAUGCAGCACAUAAUAAAAACAGCAAUGACAAUCUAAACAAAGAUAUAGAAUACAUAAAAAUAGAAUCACAAAAUAUUAUAGAUAAUUCUCAAUGUAAUAACCAAAAUAAAAGUUUUGAAAAAGUAAAUAAAAAUAUAGAAGAAAAAAAUAAUAACACACACAAAAAACAAUCAUAUAAAGAUAUUAUUUUAAAUUUUUUUGGAAUAAAAAAAAUAUAUAAUGAAAAAAAAGAUGAUACUUCUAAUAAUUUUCAAAACAAAAUAAAAGAGAACAAUGUAGAUAUGAAUAUUCCCAAACUGUGUAAUACAAAAAGUUUAUGUAUAGAAAAUUCAUUUCAUAGAUUUAAUAAAAAUAAUUCAAAUAAAAAUUUUGAAUUUUUUACUAGUAAAUAUCUGGAUAAUAAUAUGGAAAAAAAUACAAUAAAUAAAAAUUCAAACAUUUUAAUGGAAAAACAACCAAAUAAUAUUUGUUCACAAAAAUAUUUUACUCGAAAUAAUAUAAAUAAGCAAAAUAUAAACAAAACUGAAAUUAAAGACACAUCUUCAAUUCACAAUAAUAAUAACAAUUCAAUCAUUCCUAUUAAUAAAAUAAAUUCUACUUUGGUUUUUUCAAAUUAUAUAAAUAAUAACUCUAUGAAUAUAAAUACAAAUUCAAAAACAUUUAGUUUAUCUUUUUUGGAAUUAAAAAAUAAAAAACCAUCAUCACCAUUCAUAUCAAUGAACAAAGCUAAUUCAAACUCAAUACAUAACCACAAUUUGCCAUGUAAUAAUUUGAAUAAUGAAAUGGAUAUUAUAAAAAAAAAUCAAAAUGAUAAAAUAGAUUUAAAAGUUAAAAAUAAUAAUAUUAUUUCCAAUAGUCAAAAAGUUUCCUCUUAUUUACCAAUUCAUUCUAAUCUUAACUUUCCAGAAAAAAUAAAAACGUCUACAAUUGAAUAUAAUAACCCGAAUUUAAAUGAAUUUAUUUGUGUUGAAAAUACGCAGGGUUUUAACACUUGUAAUAAUUGUUUAAUGGAAACAGAAAAUAUAAAAAAAGAUAAUUUUAAUUCAGUAUGCAUUAAAGAAACCCCACUCAAUGAAUUAGUAUUUAAGGAUAAACUCACUACAGAAAAUAAUUUUAAAAAUAAAUUUAUACCUAUUCCAAAUAAAUUUACAUAUAUUCCAAAUAAACCUACAUUUAUUCCGAAUAUAGGUAUACAAAAAAUUUUUGGAAAUAGAAUCACAGAAUCAAAUUUAGUAGAUUCCCAAAAUAACAAUAUAGAUGCAAAGUUUAAUAUUAUAGAAAAUAAAAACAUGAAUAAUGAAUCUUUAGAAAUAAACAAAAAAAAUAUAGAUGUAACUUUUAAUUUUAAGGAGGACACAUAUAACAAAUGCUAUAAUACUUAUCAUCAAAAAAAUCUUCAAAUUGUUCCAUUUAAUAAAUCUGAUAAAAAAAUAAUUAUAAAAGAAUCAGAAUCCGAAAAUAAACAAGUCCUUAAUAAAAAUUAUACGAAUCUAUUUAUAUCUAAGAGUACAAUAGAUAUUUUAAAUAAAAAAAUAAAUAAUGUUAUUUAUAACCCUCAUUCUAUAAAUAUCCAAUUUAACCAAUACGAUAAUAUGGAUAAACAAAAUACCGAUUUUAACAACAUUAUACUUAAAUCAAAUAUUUCUAAGGAUUCUAAAAAUUCGACAACAUCUACAGUACAACAACAUAUUCAUUUAUCUACCGUAAAUCAAGGGCAUUCCCAUCAGUUGAAUAAUAUUCAAGAAAACGAGAAUUCAAAAAAAAACGAAACUCUUCUAAUUGCUCAUGUUCUUUCUGAUCAAAACAAAGUUAUGCAAUGGGGGGAAGCAAAAGUGGGUUCAGAUAACAACGUAGAUGCAGAAAAAAGAGAAAAUGAAGAAGGUGAAGAGGAAGAAGAUGAAGAGGAAGAAGAUGAAAAGGAAGAAGAUGAAGAGGAAGAAGAUGAAGAAGAGGGAGAUGCUGAAAAUGAAAAUGGAGAUGCAGGUGAUGAUGAUGAUGAAAAUGAAAAGGGAGAUGAAGGUGAUGGUGACGAUUACGAAGAUGAUAGUGAGUAUGAAGAUGAAGAGGAUGAGGAGGAAGAAAAUGAAGAAUAUGAGGAGGAAGAAAAUGAAGAAUAUGAGGAGGAAGAAAAUGAAGAAUAUGAGGAGGAAGAAAAUGAAGAAUAUGAGGAGGAAGAAAAUGAAGAAUAUGAAGAGGAAGAAAAUGGAGAGGAUGAAGAGGAAGAAAAUGGAGAGGAUGAAGAGGAAGAAAAUGGAGAGGAUGAAGAGGAAGAAAAUGGAGAGGAUGAAGAGGAAGAAAAUGGAGAGGAUGAAGAGGAAGAAAAUGGAGAGGAUGAGGAGGAAGAAAAUGAAGAAUGUAACCGUGAAGUGAAAUACCCUCAGAAGUAUAUGAAAAAGUUGUCAUCUUUUAAUAAUUUGAAUAUUAAAAAUGAUAAAUACAAAAAAUUAGAAUCCUCAAAUGAAAUAUUUGUUUUAUCAUCACAUGAUUUAAGCAUCAUUCCAAAUAAGAAUAUAUUAAAUGUAUACCCAUCAAGUACUUCUUCAAGUUUUAAUAUAAACUUUUCUGAAAAAAAAAGAAAAAGCAAUAGCACAAUGAUAGGAAAGGGUAUAAAUAAUAAUAAAGAAAGCAAUGAAGACAUAUAUAAAAAUAGUGAAAAUAUGUUUGAAGAUAAAAAAAUACCAAUGACUAUUUUAAGAAAUAAUAGAGAUUCACCAUUUAAUAACAAUAAUAAUAAUAAUUCGUAUAAAUUUUUUGAUGAAAUUUCAAAACAAGUAGAAUGUGAAAAAAAAAAUAAUGAACAACUAAAAAAAAAAUUAAAAGAACAAAUAUAUAUGCAAAGAAAUUUAUCAAAACUUAGCGACCAACAAUAUGCACAUCUUCAAUUUCUUAAACAUAAAGAUGUGUAUAAUAUGAAUGGAAAUAUAUAUUCUUAA